CGAGGCCGGAUCCAAUGCCCAUCCCUUCCCCACCACCACCAUCUCUCUCCUCCCACCAACAGCGCCAACAAUAAACUAGAACCAAAAGUCAGCGCCCCCCUCCUUUCCUUCCUCCAUAGCCAGCAAGAACGAACGAACCCGAGAGAGGCCGACCAUGGACAGGGACGCCGGGUGCUACUACCUCGGCGGCGGAGGCGGCAACGACUGGGACCUCAACGCCGUCGUGCGCUUCGCCUGCCGCGGCCGCGUCCUCCCGCCGCCGCCCUCGGACGACCCCUUCUCCUCCUUCUUCCCCCCGCCGGCGCCUGUCGUGGAGGACCACGGGAUGCCUGACGCGGCGGCGUUGCUCCCUGAUCCGCCCGUCCACGGGGGCUCUGCUACCGUCGACGAGCUCUCCAUUGCCUUCUUCGCGCCGUCGGCUGCGCUGCCGGCCUCGCCUCAACCGCCGCCGCCGCUGCAGCAGCAGCCAGCGGCGCCAACGAACCAAGAAAUGGUGCCGAUGCAGCAAGACGAGGCGGUGCCGCCUCCGAUGCUGCUGACCGCGGGCGGGCAAGGCCCCGUCGGCGAAGGGUCGAGAUCCAAGAGAAAGAAGAAGGUGGUGAAGAAGGUGGUGAAGCGGGUGGCGGCGGACGGCACGUCGGCGGACCCGUGGGCGUGGCGCAAGUACGGGCAGAAGCCCAUCAAGGGGUCGCCGUACCCGCGCGGGUACUACCGGUGCAGCACCGACAAGGCGUGCGAGGCGCGGAAGAUGGUGGAGCGCUGCCGCGACGACCCCAACUCCUUCAUCCUCACCUACACCGGCGGCGAGCACAGCCACCCCGCCCCCGCCCACCGCAACUCCCUGGCCGGCACCACGCGCAACAGGCAGCAGGCGCCGGAACCUGCUGCCGGACAGAGCGCUCCCGCCGCCAAAGCCAAGGAAGAGUCGUCGGCGGCGGCGGCGGAGCCGAGCCCAGCGCAGUCGACGUCGGGCGGGAUGUCCCCGACGACGCCCCUGCGCACGCCCUCCAUGGAGGAGUACAACCAAGACUCAGAAUUCGACGAGGCCGCCGGCAGCGCAAGUCAGCUGCCCAUGGACGUCGAGAAGGACCGCGAGGAUGAGCUGCUGAAGAUAUUGGAGGGGUGCGUGCACGGCGGCGACUCCAGCAUCGUCGUCGAGGAGACGUUCGUGGUCACGCCGUGGGUCACGGCCCCCGGCGGCGCGGCCGGGUGGAGUUGACUCCGCCGUUACCGUCCGUACAUUGCCAUAUAUAGCAGCAUGCUGUCAAUUAUAAUCCUGGCUCGUUGCAGCAGCAGCCGCAGCGGUAGCAGUAGAAACAUAAGAAAGGAAAAGAAAAAAGAUAGAGGUGGAAGAGAGCAUCUGAUCCAUGCUACAACCCCAGUGCCAGCCGGCCAGUAGUUAUUCGCCUAGUGUAAUUAAGUGCUAAUUAGCUCUGGAGUAAUACAGUAGCGAGUGUUCUUUGAUGGCUUGAUUAGAGUACUUAUACUGCAUGUAUAAUUAAACCAAACCCAAA